AUGAUCCGCGACAGUAGCGAUGAAGAGGAGGACGAUGAUGAGCAGGAAGAGGAAGAGGACCGUUUUGGAGGCUCAGGGCUGGAAGAGGCUCAGUCGUUAGCGAGAUCCGCCUCGUCCAGCUAUCUGAAAGCUUUGUUUCCCAAGUGCCAGGAGGCGGUGGGGGAUGCCGAGAUCCAGGCGAAACAACUGGAGGCAUUGGACGAGCUUGUGGCAAAACGUCCAGAGACUUGGUAUUCGAAAGGUGGAGAUACAGAGAUGGCCAACAAACGCCGCCCCGCCGUGGCGCCCAUUGCCACCCCAAGUCCAGCUAUGCCAAGCCCGGCCCAACCGCUGGAAAGCCCAAGCACCGCGGAUGGCAGCCCUACGUCGGCGCAGUCCGUGUCGCCGGCGAGUCCCAUGAGUCCCUUGAGCCCGGCCAGUCCGCCGGAUGCCGGGUCCAGCGGAGCCACGGGCCCCAAGAAACCCGUGCAGCGCGGUGCCCGCGCUGAGCCCGCGUCGCCCAAGUCGCCGGCAUCGCCCAAGUCGCCCAAGUCGCCGGCGUCGCCCAAGGUGUCGCCUAAGAGACAGGCGCAAGUGAGGAAGGUAAAAUCUGCCGCUGGAGACGGUGAGUCGAUGGACCAGGGUAACCAGGCGCAAAGCAUGAGGGCCUUUACGGAGAUGAAUUCCGGUGAGACGAAGGAGGUCACCGGUGAGCUGAGGAAGGCGUCACCAAAGAAUACUUGGUCCACUGGGUUGAAGGCCGCCUCGUCGACUGGCCGUUUCGAAACCACCAUGCGAUCAGCGCCCAAGGCGAAUUCCGCCUCCUUGACUCAGUUGCCAUCUGGGACGUGGCGAGGCCCUGUGGAGACCAGUGGCAACGAGCGGGAGAUGUUUUUGCGCUCGUUGUCAAAACACGAAUCCAUGCCGUUGCUCACCUUCCGCCCCCGCCGUGGGAAGGACCUUUGGGUCACCAACGUGAGCAAUCCAGCGCCUGGGACCUAUCCAGACCUCGACGAGUCGCAUACCAGCAAGUACUUAGCGCCACGCCAAGUGUCCUUUGGUUUCAGUCGCAAGAGCUCGCGAUGGCCGGCGAAUGCCGACCAGAAGCCCGGGCCAGGAGCGCAUAGCGUGGUGAAUUUCGAGAGGUUCAAAUACGCCGAUCCUGUGCGACACAGCUUCGGCGCCGCACCGCGAGGGCGACCCAAUCCCAUCAGGCAGAGUGGCCCAGGGCCAGGAGCCUAUGGCAUUCAACGCUCCGCGGACGAGGAGGGGCCUGCCGUGACGAUGGUGGGCAAGUAUCGCAAGCGCGGUGUCCUGAAUUACGACGAACCAGGCCCAGGAGCCUAUGAGCCCACCAUGGUACGGACCCUGUGACCUCGAAAAAUGGCGCUUGAACCAUC